AUGUUACUUUUAAAAUUGACGUGUUCAUUUUAUCAAAAAUGGAAAUUAAAUGAACCAAAAGAAGAAGAUAAACCAAACAAAAAUCAAUCUCUAACAAUGUUAUUCAAAGCACUUUCAAACUUGGGUCUUACCAACAACUCUUCAAAUAUUAAUAAUAGUAAUAAUAAUAAUAAUAAUUUAUUUUUAAAUCAAGUUGAUUUCCAACAACCACAAAAUGAAAACUCUGUUUCUGGACGUAUGAGAAUGCCAACCAGAAAAUCUGUAACCUUUUGGGGACAAAGAUAA